CUUGUUAUAGAUCAACCUCUUGUGCUGGAAGCUUGGCUGUAUUUGUGUUCGCCGGAACUCAGGCUGCACCAACUAAGUGUUCGGCAGCCUCACCAUCCGCCAAUGUGUAGCGCACCAUUGCUUUCCUCAACUAGCAGCGAAAGAUGGUUCCGAUGACUGAACAUGAGACGAUACCAAAUGCUAGGGGUCGUGAAUAGUACAGACCGUAUGCGCCAGUCGAGAGAUUGUAUCACGUCCGUUUGCCCGAAGCGCAAUGUAUCCGGGGCCAUAGUAUGCCUGGUAUAACAUGUGCCCAGUCGCCUUUCAACACCCUCUUUCAUAAGUCUUUGCAAUCUCGAACUCCUUAGAGCUAAUUCAUAGCCGUUCACACUGGUCACUAUGCGUACUAGCAGAUUUUGUGCAGCUGCUCUUGUCGCCAGCUUCGCCUCAGCGGCACCUACUGCCAAGCGACAGUCUGGUCUCUCACCAGAUGGCAACUACUUUCCACUCCCAAACGGUUUCCCAGAUUCCAACAGGGAUGGCGAAAUCACAAUUCAGGACGGCGCACAUGGUACCUUACCAAACGGACCACCUCCAACUGCACUCAGCGCGGAAGGAGUCACCAACCUCAAGCUCAUUGCGCUGAACGAGCUUUUCGAAGUGGCCUUCUUCACAGAACUCAUAUACAACGUCACAAAUAAAGUCUCUGGUUACGAUCUAGGAAUGGGCCAUGACUACAUGCUGGACUCACUGAACGCCAUUGUCAAUCAAGAAGAACUGCAUGUACUCAAUGCGAACGGCGCACUUGAGCACUUCAAUCAAGAGAAGAUACAGCCAUGCAAGUACAACUUCCCAGUCACAGACUUCCAAUCCGCCAUCGCCCUAGCCGGCACCUUCACCGACGUCGUUCUCGGCACACUUCAAGACGUCAACCAGAUCUUCGCCAAGAAUCAAGACGACGGACUUGUCCGCGCCGUGACAUCGGUCGUCGGCAACGAAGCCGAACAAGAAGGGUUCUUCCGCCUGAUGCAAAAGAAGCGCCCUUCUUCCCAGCCUUUCCUAACAACAGCAACCCGCGACUUCGCAUUCACCGCUAUCCAGGACUUCAUCAUCGAAGGGUCUUGUCCAAACAUCGGCACUAUCCCGCUGAAGAGGUUCAAGCCGCUUACUGUGGAGACGAAGAUGAUUCCGGCGGAGGACCAGAAUAUCAAGUUCUCGUUUUAUAUGAAGGAUGCGGGGAUGUACGAUACGAAUGAUAUGCGGCUAACGUAUCUGAAUGGACAGAACCAGCCGAUCGUCAAGACGUUUGAGAACGUGAAGAUGGAGGGCGAGAAGGUGUUCUUUGAGGCCCCGUUUCCGUAUGAUGAUUUUCUUAUGAAUGGUUUGACUAUCGCGGCGGUCACUAUGGGCGCGGAGGAGUUUGAGAAUGCGGAUAAGAUGGCUGAGGCUGCGGUGUUUGGGCCGGGGCUUAUUGAGGUCGAUUGAGCUUUGCCCUUGUGGUUGAUGGAAGUUGGUUGGGUGGUUUAUUGCAUAGC